UGCAUGUCCAUUAUAAAGUGAGCAAGUUCCGCUUGUUCCUUUCUUCCAAACCCUUCCUCAACAUUCAACCGUUGUCUCGUUGUAUAUACUGGUAUGAACCAUGUUUAACAUGUAUAUUGGCCGAUUUGUUUUAGCACUUGAAGUUAUCGCAGCCACGAACCUUCCCAAUGUUCCAUCUAUUCGCAUGCCCACUGGCCAUUAUGUCAUCGUCUCUACAUCCAAUGGUCAAUGGAACACCACCACCAAGGCUACAGCGCCUGACUGCAGCGUUUCGUGGAACGAGACGUUCACUAUCCAUGGGCACCCUCUGCUGUCUCCCCUGCGUCUCAUGCCAAUCUUUUCCAGAAAAUCAAAAGCAAUCCACCUCGAACUUCACGCUUCGUAUGAAUCUGGACCAAGUGAGUGUGUAGGUGCAUUUGAGACGACUUUCGGACAAGUACUCGUAAACGACGUGCAGACCAUAUCAUGUCCAGCUGUUGGUAAUCAAUACAUGUCUCUUACCUUGAAAGCGCAGCGAAUAAAAACAACGCAGCUUGCCGAUCACGCCGCGGGCAGUGCUGCUCAGAGCGUUGCAAGUGAUCAACCUGUGCGCCCUCCGGCGGCGGUUCGAUCGAUCGACAUAGCAGGACAACCACCACUACCACACGCGCCAUCGGGUGACCCUGAAACGUCCCCAUAUGGAAGAAACAUUGUUAUUUUUGGCGAAGCUGGCGCAGGCAAGAGUUCUAUCAUCAACACAAUCGCGCAAAAACAGCUUGCGAAGACAUCCAAUGACGCACAUGGAUGCACUUCCACCGCUCAACGCUACCCAGUAGAAAUUUCAGGCCAGAAAUUCGUCCUGUUUGAUACUGCGGGUCUUGGAGAAGGGUCUCCGGGCUCAGUGCCGGAUGCGGAGGCCAAAAGGCAGUUGAAGAACUUACUGUGUCGUCUCAUGAGCUCUACUUCGCCGUCAGGUGGCAUCGACCUUCUGGUGUACUGCGUGUCCAGCACGACUGCUCGUAGCGCCAUCAUUCGGGCCUACGACAUGUUUUACUCCAAGGUCUGCAAGAAGAAGGUCCCGAUCGUCAUCGUUAUUACAAGAUUGGAGGACGAAACGAACAUGGAGAGCUGGUGGGAUAAAAACAGGGGUAAACUUAAGAGCAUGCAUUUCGCAGGCCAUGCUUGCGUCACGGCGCUUCAGGAAUACCCAGGCAUCCCAGACGAUCACAUUCGUCGCAUUGCAGAGUCGAGUGACACUCUACGUAAUCUUCUUCUCAACAAUUGCUCGCAUCACGCUGUCAAUGAUCGACCCAAUGGUAUUGCAGGAUUGUGGUGCGCGUCGUCAUGCUCAAGGGACUGAAAAUGACCAUGACUUGUUCCUGUAUAUGUUAUUUUCCUUGUCAUACAUGGCCGGUACACUCCUUCACAUCUAUUUUGGCUCGCCAUAUCCACACCAUCUC